AUGAACAGGCCCCCGCCACCGCCGCCCGCGCUCUUGCAGACACCCGGCUUUGCACACUACUCGCUCGCCUGGUCCCCCUUCCACAGCACCCGCCUCGCCCUCGCGUCGGCCGCCAACUAUGGCCUGGUGGGCAACGGCAGGCUCCACCUGGUUUCCCUCGGCCCCGGGCCAGGCGGGGUGCCCGGACUUAGCUACGACACACAGGACGGGCUCUACGACGUCGCGUGGUCCGAGGUCCACGAGAACCAGCUCGUCACCGCCUCGGGCGACGGCUCGAUCAGGCUGUGGGACAUCAUGCUCAACGAUCUGCCCCUCCGCGCGUGGCAGGAGCACACGCGCGAGGUCUUCUCCCUCGACUGGUCCAACCUCCAGAAGGACCUCUUCGUGUCCGCCUCCUGGGACGGCACCGUGAAGAUCUGGUCCCCCGAGCGCCCGCACUCGCUCAGCACGCUGCACGCGCACCGCGCGUGCGUCUACCAGGCGCUCUUCUCGCCGCACCAGCCCGACACCAUCGCGACGUGCUCCACGGACGGCACGCUCAAGAUCUUCGACCUCCGCGCGCCCGCAUACGCCGCGCCCGCGCCCGGCGGCGCGCCGGGCAGCUUCACCGCGCCGCUGAGCGCCGCGGCGCUCACGGUGCCCGCCUCGGGCACGGAGGUGCUCGCGCUCGACUGGAACAAGUACCGCCCGUGGGUGCUCGCGAGCGCGGGCGUCGACAAGGCGGUCAAGGUGUGGGACUGCCGGAUGGUGAAGAUGGGCGCGGGCGCGGGCACGGGCGCGGAGCAGCAGGCGGUCGGCGGGCUGUGCGAGACGCAUAUGGCCGGGCACGAGUAUGCCGUGCGGCGCGUGCAGUGGAGCCCGCACCGGCCGGACGUGCUCGCGACGGCGAGUUACGACAUGACGUGCAGAGUGUGGACGACGACACCGACGGCGGCAGGCACGCAUCUUCUCUAUAUACAUGACCCUCACACAGAGUUCGUCGUUGGCUGUGGCUGGUCGCUGUACGAUGAUGGCCUGCUCGCGAGCUGUGGGUGGGAUUCCCGGCUAAAUGUGUUCCGUGUCUAG